GGAACUUUUUCUUCCAUGUUGAUCGGUUUAAAUAGACUAACAAGUACUAAAACAUUAGUACACUGGUUUAUUCAAAUUAUUGCGUAAAUGGACAAUGCCUAACACGCGAUGGAUAACGCAUUUUUUAUGCAUAGGUUUAGCAGGAACAUUUACGUAUGCUACGACAUGUCUCAGACUUCCUAUGUGCUGCCUACGUUUCAACAAUGAUGCAAAAUCAAAUCAUUGCAUCGAGUGUAUAUCGGGACAUUUUGGACCCAUCUGCAAUAAUACAUGCCGCUAUCCAACAUAUGGCAAGGAGUGUCAGUUAAUAUGUUUGUGUGAUGUGACAGACUGCAGCUAUGCUCACGGUUGCAGAAGAAAGGAUUGUCCCCCUGGCUUUCAAGGACCAUAUUGUAGUAAAAAAUGUCGCCAUCCGAACUAUGGCAUCAAAUGUCAGUCUGAAUGUUUGUGUGGAGAACAACACUGUAAUCACAUAACGGGAUGCACGAUUAGAAAUACCACUGAUUAUAAAUAUGUCAGAAAUGAUUCCGGGAAAGAAGACCGACCACACCUUACACUGGGAAUAACAGGGGAUUCAUCUGCAAGUAUUAUCUUAGAAAAAGGUGUGCCGCUUAACUGUUCAACAAUGCGUCCAUAUGAUACGCUAAUAUCAUCUGAACUCAAAACAAUGGUGACCAGCCUCUGCGUUUUAAUAGUUGCCUUCCUACUGAUUAUGUGGAUAUAUCAUAAACUUAACACAACACAGCAAGAAACAUUCCACUGGGUCCGAUGCUGACUGACGUUUUUCAUACUAAUUGUUUGACCAUAAUUAAUCACCUAAUUGUCUACGGACUUUUCCGGGGUUUUUUCCUCCGAUUACAACAAACCGCACACGACGGGUGUGGCCGGUCACCAGAGGAUGCUCACUCCUUCAUGACACCUGAUCCUACCUCUUUAUUUUUAGAGGUCCGUGUUGCUCUGCUUUGAAUUUGUAUUUCGUUUUAUGGAUUUUUGAGAUGGUUGACAGUUUGUUAUUGUCAUUUUUUCUUUAAUGAGUUGAAAGUUUUGAAAUUGAAUUUAAAUAAAAAUGUUUACUGUUUAUUUUAAUGAGUUCUUACUUCGUUGUGUCUUGGAAACCAAUUGUGGAUAUUUUUGCUAAUUUUUACAGACAAAUGCAUAUGCAUUGGCCAGUGUUUUCAUUUUUUUCUGAUAUCAAAACUCAUGAAUAAUAACUGUUUAUCCUUAUGUUAUACAUCUGCAUGUUUGUUUUGAUAUGUUUUAAACUGUAAAAAGAACCUUUUAGUAGCGCUUUAUUGUUUGUAAACCUUAAAUAA